AGUUAUCAUUUUGAGACUUAUACCAAAACAAUUUUCUCUAUCUUUUCAUCCCACUUCCACUCACUCACUCACUCACACUGCUUCCAAAUUUCUCACUCUCUGAAAAUCUGUUUUGAUCGUCAUGGCGGACUCAGUGAGAGUGGAUAAAGACCUAGCAUUGAAAAUAUAUAGUAACGCAAGUGCCACACCAGAAGUUAUUGCAGCUUUUGCUGAGAGGAAGGAGUUUGAAAAUAUUUUGACAUACUCAAAGCAGGUUGGAUACACUCUUGAUUACUUAUUCCUUUUGAAAACAAUAUUGCGAACAGAUGCUCAGGGUGCUCUAGAUUUUGCUCUGAUAAUGCUGCGAAUGGAGGGGGGUUGCCCUGUUGACUGCAACACAAUAACGGAUCUGUUUCUUCAGAGGAAUAUGAUCCGCGAGGUAACUGCCUUUUUGUUGGAUAUGCUGAAGUCAGACCUAUCUGAACAUGGACAUCUUCAAACAAAGGUGCUGGAAAUCAAUCUUAAGACCUUUCCAGAAGUUGCUGAUGCUAUAUUGGCUAAAGGCACGUUUAGUCAUUACGAUCGUCCACGUAUUGCUAAGCUUUGUGAAAAGGCCGGCCUUUUCAUCAGGGCUCUUGAGCAUUAUACUGAGUUGCAUGAUAUCAAACGCGUCAUUGUGAAUACAAAUGCUAUGAAACCAAAGGCUCUUGUUAAGUUCUUUAGAACCCUUCCCCGAGAACAGGCAUUGGAGUGUAUGGAACAUCUUUUACUUGUCAACCUUAAGGGAAAUCUUCAAAUAGUUGUGCAGAUUGCUGAGGAAUAUUCUAAAAAUUUGGGUGUUGAUGCCUGCAUCGAAGUCUUUGAGAAAUUCAAGUCCUAUGAAGGACUAUACUUUUUCUUGGGUGCAUAUUUGAGCUAUAGCAAGGAUCCUGAUAUUCACUUCAAGUACAUUGAAGCAGCUGUUAAAACUGGACAUAUUAAGGAGGUAGAGCGUGUGACUCGGGAAUCAAGCUAUUAUGAUGCUGAGAAGAUAAAAAACUUUCUAAUGAAGACCGAACUUCCAAAUGCACAGCCAUUGAUGAAUGUGUGUAACCGAUUUGGUUUUGUUAGUCAACUCAUACAUUAUCUCUAUACUAAAAACAUGCUUCGUUCUGUUGAAGAAUAUGUUCAAAAGGUCAAUCCUCGAAAUGCUCCUCUAGUUGUAGGGAAGUUGUUCGACGAAGGAUGCCCUGAAGAUUUCAUUGAAGGUCUUUUACUUUCAGUUGGCUCUCAAUUUCCAGUUGAGCAAUUGGUUGAAAAAUGUGUGAAGAGGAAUCGUCUUCGUUUUCUUACUCGGUUAUUGGAGCGUCUCGUGAGCGAUGGGAGCCGAAAUGUAGAUGUGCAUAAUGCUCUUGGUAAAAUCAUCAUUGACAACAAUAACAAUCCUGAACAUUUUCUCACAACCAACCUAUAUUAUGAUUCUUAUGUUAUUGGUAAAUAUUGUGAGAAAAGCGACCCUGCACUUGCUGUUGUUGCUUACCGAAGGGGGAAAUGUGAUUAUGAGCUUGUUAAUGUUACCAAUGAAAAUUCUCUGUUCAAUCUCCAAGCCAGCUAUGUUGUGGAACGGAUGAAUGGAGGCCUCUGGAAAAAGGUUCUAAAUCCCGAGAAUGUGUUUAGAAGGAAGUUGAUUGAUCAAGUGGUGUCCACUGCUUUGCCUAAAUGCAAGAGUCCUGACCAAGUUUCGGCUGCAGUGAAAGCUUUUAUGAAUGCCAAUCUUACGCAUGAGGUGAUUGAGCUUCUCGACAAGAUUGUGCUACAAAAUUCUUCGUUUAUUGGAAACUUCAAUCUGAAUGGUUUAUUGAUCAUUGCUGCAAUAAAAGCAGAUCCUAAAAGAGUCAUGGGUUACAUAAAUAGGCUGGACAACUUUGAUGGCUCUGCUGUCGGGAAGGUGGCAGUGGAAGCAAACUUAUAUGAAGAGGCUUUUGCCAUUUUCAAGAAAUUUAAUCUGAAUGUUCAAGCUGUUAAUGUCCUGCUAGAUAACCUUCAGACCAUUGAUCGAGCUAUGGAGUUUGCGUCCCGUGUUGAAGAAGAUUGUGUAUGGAGCCAAGUGGCUAAGGCAAAACUAAGAAAAGGCUUAGUAGGUGAUGCAAUUGAGUUGUUCAUCCGUGUAGGUGAUGCCACUCACUUCUUAGAGGUCAUAAAGGCUGCUGAAGGUGCAAAUGUAUACCAUGAUCUAGUAAAGUACCUUCUCAUGGUUAGGGAGAAGACCAAAGAGCCUGAGGUGGACAGUGAGCUCAUAUAUGCUUACGCAAAGAUUGGGCGGCUUGGAGAAAUUGAGGAGUUUAUAUCGAUGCCAAAUGUUUCUAAUUUGCCAAAUGUUGGAGACCGCUUGUAUGCUGAGGCGCUCUAUGAGGCUGCAAAAAUUUUAUUUGCUUUUACUUCUGACUGGGCUAAGUUAGCAGUGACAUUGGCGAAGCUUCAACUAUUCCAAGAUGCUGUUGAUGCUGCUAGGAAAGCAAACAGUUUGAAAACAUGGAAGGAAGUUUGUUUUGCCUGCAUUGAUGCUGGGGAGUCCUCCUUAGCUCAGAUUUGUGGUGUCAAUGUUCUUGUUCAGGUGGACGAUCUUGAAGAGCUUAGUAAGUAUUAUCAGAACAAUGGACACUUCAAUCAACUCAUCUCUCUAAUGGAGAUAGGGUUAGGACUGGAGAGUGUCAAUCAGAGUAUCUUUACUGAGUUGGGAGUUCUUUAUGCAAGAUAUCGUCCUGCAGAAUUAUUGAAGCACAUUAAGUCGUUCUCAACUCGGCUCAAUAUUCCCAAGCUUAUUCGGGUCUGUGAUGAAAAGCGGCACUGGAAGGAACUUACAUACCUAUAUACACUAUAUGAUAAUUUUAACUAUGCUGCAACCACUGUAAUGAAUCACUCUCCAGAAGCAUGGGACCACAUGCAAUUCAAAGAUAUUAUAGUUAAGGUUUCCCGUGUAGAACUAUAUUAUGAGGCUGUUCAAUUCUACUUGGCAGAGCAUCCUGAUAUUAUAAAUGAUCUUCUUAAUGUGCUUGCCCGUCAUGUGAACCAUACUCGUGUUGUAGAUAUGGCGCGGAAGGUGGGCAACAUCCGAUUGAUAAAGCCGUACAUGGUUGCAGUUCAAAGCAGCAAUGUGUUUUCCGUUAAUGAAGCUUUGAAUGAAAUUUACGUUGAGGAGGAGGACUACGAUAGACUUCGUGAAUCAAUAGAUCUGUAUGACAACUUCAAUCAUAUAGGUCUUGCACAGAAGAUAGAGAAGCAUGAACUUCUCGAGAUGAGACGCAUUGCUUCUUAUAUUUACAAGAAAGGUGGUAGAUGGGAACAGUCCCUUGAUUUGUCAAAGAAAGACAAACUUUACAAAGACUGUAUCGAAACUUGCUCUCAUUCUGGUGACCGGAAACUCUCAGAGGAUUUGCUUGUUUAUUUUAUUGAACAGGGGAAGAAGGAGUGUUUCGCAUCUUGCCUCAUCGUAUGUUAUGAUCUAAUACGGCCAGAUGUUGCACUAGAGCUGGCUUGGAGGAACAAUAUGAUUGAUUUUUGCUUCCCUUAUCUCUUACAGUCUAUUCGGGAGUAUACGAGUAAGGUGGAUGAGCUUAUAAAGGACAAAAUUGAAGCAGAAAAUGAGAAAGUUAAAGAAAAGGAGAGGAAUAACAUUAUUGCCAAACAGAUUCCACCGGCAUCAAGAAUUUUUGUCCGAAUUGGAACCAAGUUCAGACUGUUCCUCCAGACCAUCAAACAUUAUGUAUCGAAAACUUUUCACCGUGGUCAUUCAGAUCGUUCCGUUCAGCAUUACGUCAUUGAUCCUUCCCUGGGCUGCAAACGCAUUCUUCACCGCUGCCAUUCAGAUUGUUCCGCUCAACAGUACAUCCUCCACAGAGAUUACAAGGUUGCAUACCAAUGCCUUGUUUAACAGGUAUAUGGAAAUAACUCUCUAUGUCAAUCUCUAGUCUCCACAGUCUUACCAGCCUUCACCUUCUUAAAGGAAAUGCAUAUAUGUAGGUAGAUGCUUCACCCUCCACAACCUUUGCAGAGAGUUGGAUCUGCAAUGGGAGAGAAAAACUGCCAUCUAAAAUCUUUCUUUUAUAAUGUCUUGUUAUUACCUUAUAAAUUUUCUGUUUCUUUCGGUGAGUUUUGCUUUUCAUCUAUUUCAUUCAGUUUAAUAUGAUACAUCAAAUUCGUAAUGAAGUUUCUU